GUUCAGUUCUAGUUCUGUUCUAGUUCUUGUUCUAGUUCAGUUCUAGUUCAGUUUUAGUUCAGUUCUAGUUCUGUUUUAGUUCAGUUUUAGUUCAGUUCUUAAAUCACGGAUUUUCCUCUAAUUAGAAAUUGCCUUCAAAGGUGAAUACCCCUAAUAAUUACACAUCAUUAAACUUUAAAGAAUUUUGUAUACAUUACUCAGAAAUCUCAAAAAAAGCUAAAUAUGUAAAAAGGCUAUGCACAAUGCUUAAGAGCUAAAUGUUAAUUAAAUUUUAAUGUACAAAUUAAAUAAAUAUUUGCUAACACAAUAAAGGGCACACUAAAGAUAUGGCACAAUAUGAUAUUAAAAUUAUGACCACAAAAUUUACAGAUUUAAAACUAAAUGAAUUUAAAACUGCCUUUCUCUAACGAUAUUCUCCGAAGACGUUUACAGGAAAUAUUCGAUUUUAAUUUACUGUAAACUUAAUCUUAUUCGCAAUUAAAACGUGUAAAGUCUUAAUCGUAAUUCCAUAAUUCGGUAGUUGACGUGGUAGAUACAUAAUUUCAUUCAAAUCGAUGGUGUACUUAAUUUUCUACAAAUCUAACAAAACACGCUCACAUCUAACAUAAAGAAACGCUUUAAAAAGCUCAUUAAAUAUGUGCCAAAGAAACUUUUAAGCACUAGACUCGCAAAUUACACAAAAAGUUAAAUAAUCAAUUAUUUAUACAGAUAUCAGAACCACAUACAUAACUUAAACUAAAACCAAAAUUACACAAAAAAAAUUUCAUCAUACUUGUAUUAUUAAUCUUAUUAUUUAAACAAUACUUAAGAGCUUUUGAACGAUAGAGAAAAACACAAGAUAUUGAUUUUAAGAUACUAUCAACACGCAGUUACAAUUUCAAUAUAGUUUAAAAAAUUCUAGACAUGGAAAAUGUUCAACAUGAAACUGAACAAGAAUCAGACGAAGAUUGUGAAGUGUAUUUUUUAAAACCCGUUAAUGAAUACAAUAUAGUGGAUAAAAUUAAAGAAGCUAAUAAGGAGUUAUUUGGCAAUGAGCUUGUCGAUGACAAUGAACUAAUGGCUGAAGCGCAACAAAAUCGUAAAGUUAGUUUUGCAGCCAAUUUAGAGGAAUAUGAACCACAAAAUGGUAUAAAUCUAAGAGAGCUGGAAGACAAAUUAGGCAAAGAACCGGAGGAAAAUAAUGAAGAAAAUUUUCAAGAAAUUGAAAAAGAACAGAAAUUAGAUGUUAUAACUGAAGAAGAGGCAGUCAAUGAAGUUGAUGUUAAUGAAGAUUCCGAAGCUAAUGAAAAUUGCGAAACUAACACCCAAGACGAAAAAGAAGAAGAAGAAAAAGAAGAGCUUUCUACUAUAGAUAUGAAUGAUAAUGAAUCUAAUGACAAUUUAGUUGAAGCUGAAGAGCGGCCAGAAUCUCCAGCAAAUUGUGAAAGUGUAGAUGAAAAUGUUAUACUAGAAGAGAUCUGUGAAGAAAUACUUGUAAUGGAUAUGGAAAAUGAAAAGAUCGAAGAAACAGUGACAACGAAAUUUGACAGUCCCAGUGCCAUGCAACGUAAAAUGUUAAAACAAAUUACAUUCGAUUAUACCGAAGAAGAUGAUGAACCGGACAACAAAAGUCUAACUAAUCUUUUAAUAUCCGACAAUGAAAACGAUCCGAAUGAAAACGAAGCUGAUAAUGAGGAUUAUAAUUGUAAUGAAUCUAUAAAUGAAGACACUGACAACGAUGAAACAAUUCCCUUAAACCAUAACGAAUACUAUGAAGACGAUGAGGAAGAUGAUAAAUUGUCCAUAAUAGUAGCCUCCUACUUACCCGAUGAUAUGGCCUGUGAUAAAACCUCCUUAACCGCAUCAUCGCGCAAAUGUUCACCACGUACUAACAAAUCUCGUAAAUUACCGUUCAAUAAACGUUUUUCAUUUCGACAUAAAACUAAAUCCUCAAAUGCCAUUGGCUCCUGUUCUAACCAUCAUUCCUCCAACAAUCGCCGCUUUAUGCCGCCACCCGAAGUAACGGAUUUAAAGCUACACUACAAAACCUGUUGCGAAUUUAAAAAUGCCCAACAGAAAUUACCCAAUUAUACGGGUUAUCUUUCGGAAUAUGGUCUCUCAAAAGAGCAGUUAAUUGAAAGAGAUCGUAAAUUACAGCAGAAACAACAAGGCAAAGAGGUCAAUUCGUUGAGGUCAACGGAAGCAGAUAUGCGUAAAAUGCACGAUAAUGAGAGAGCUUUUACCACAUGGCUCAAAAAUAAAAUGCGCUUUCCCAUAAAUAAAACACGAAAUAUGUUCGAUGUUAAAAGACCCUUUGGUCUUAGGAAAUCUACAAGUGUGGGAGGUAAUAAUACUUUAAAUGAGGACACCAAACAGAUGUUAAAUACCACAAAAUAUCGUAGUAUUAGUGCUAAACUUAAAAGGGCAUAA